AUGUCAAGCAUGGAAUUGACGUCUAAUGUGCCACGCAUUAAAAUUCCGUCGUUUGAUGGUAAUUAUCUGCACUGGUACGCAUUUAAGGAUUUAUUCACGUCAGUUGUUUCAAAUAAUGUCGCAUUGUCUAAUACGCAGAAACUUCAAUACUUAAAAGAUGCGUUAGUGUUGGACGCGCAACACGCACUAGACAACAUUACUACAACAGAUGCACAUUGGGCAGUAGCAUGGAAUUUACUGGUCCGCAAGUAUGAAAACAAGAGGAUUAUUCUUAAUGCUUAUUUAAAGGAAAUUGUGAAUGUAACAACGGUGUCUGACGGUUUACCAAAUAGUUUAUGCUUACUAUGUGACACCAUCGCGUCGACUGUGCGUGCGUUAGAACAAUUGGGUCGUCCAGUGCAGCAUUGGGACGAUUGGCUGGUUUUUACGCUUCUUCACAAAUUAGACACGAGAACACGCUCAGCUUGGGAGCUGUCAACGACCAGUUCAGAACAAAUCCCAAAGUUUGAAGAUCUGGUCAAUUUCCUAAAAAAUCGAAUACAAUCGCUUGAGGUAGUUGAUAGUAAGUUUGCAACAUCUAUCAGAACAAAGGGUUUCGUUAAAAGCCAUCAUACAACUAUUCAACAAUGCGUGCAUUGCCGAGUUUAUGCCAGCAAAUAUGCCAUUUGCUGGCAUAUUGCGCAGAGUUUCGACAAAUGA